AAAUUUCCACCUGGCAGAUGACCUUUCGCCCCAAUUGGAUGCCUUGCAUGCAUCGACGAUGCCGGCGCUCAUCCACGGCGAACCCGCCUACCCGGGUGCGGAUUAGCAAGGAACGGCGGAUUCAGGCGCCCCGAGCCCAGAGGGGGGGGUGCAUGCUCACAUGUGUCUUCAUGACCAUCAUUACCUGUCGUUGAACCAUAUAACUUUCCUCCAAAGCUUAUAGCUUCACAUAGUACAAGUUCCGACAUGACCUACACCAAGACCGACGCCCCCAGACAAGCCGUCAAGCUUGCCAAAGUCGUGGCCAACAGCCAUGCCAGCUGCCGCCUCGCCGGCCACCCGGCACUGACACGGACACUCGCAUCCACCAGCCGGCCGGUGUGCACUUCUCGCCUCUUCUCCGGCCAGACCGCCCGAGCCUUCUCAACGACGCCCGUCUCCCAGCUCCGCGACUUCUUCCCUGCCAAGGACACUCCCCACAUCAUCAAGACGCCGCCGGCAUGGCCCCAUCCCGGUUUCACGAUCGAGGAGCUCCAGCAGGUAACGCCGUCGCAUCGUCCGCCCCGUGGUUUCGGCGACUGGGCUGCGUGGAAGAUUGUGCGGCUGGCGAGGUACUUUAUGGACAAGGCCACGGGCAUGGACCGGGAGCAGCAGGUGGACAAGAAGCAUCCGACGACCUCCGUCAAGGCGGAGAAGCCACUGACAGAGGCGCAGUGGCUCGUUCGAUUCGUCUUCCUCGAAAGCAUUGCCGGUGUCCCAGGCAUGGUGGGCGGAAUGCUCCGCCAUCUCAGCAGCCUCCGGUACAUGAAGCGCGACAACGGCUGGAUCGAGACGCUCCUUGAGGAGAGCUACAACGAGCGCAUGCACCUGCUGACGUUCAUGACCAUGUGCGAGCCCGGCUGGUUUAUGAAGCUCAUGAUCAUCGGUGCCCAGGGCGUCUUCUUCAACAGCCUCUUCGUGGCCUACCUGCUCCACCCCAAGAUUGUCCAUCGCUUCGUCGGAUAUUUGGAGGAGGAGGCGGUGCACACGUACACUCGAGCCAUUCUUGAGAUUGAAGAGGGCCACCUGCCCAAGUGGAGCAAUCCCAACUUUCGGAUUCCUGAUAUUGCCGUCCAGUACUGGCGCAUGCCGGAAGGCCACCGGACGAUGAAGGACCUGAUCAUGUACAUCCGAGCCGACGAGGCCAGCCACAGAGGCGUCAACCACACCCUGGGCAACCUCAACCAAAAGGAGGAUCCGAACCCCUUUGUCAGCAAAUUCAAGGACAGGGAGGUUCCGAAGCCAGCGCUCAAGCCCGAGGGCUAUGAGCGAGAGGACGUGAUUUGAUCGAAC